AUGACAUUGACAAAUAGAGGUUAUAUUUUGGGGUCAACAAUUUUUCAUAAAGAUUUUAAUAAUUUAAUUAAAAAAAUCCACAUAUCACUAAAUUUUAGUCACUACAUGGCUUCUGAGGCUGUAAGGAACUUGUCCGAAGACAUAUCACAAAACGCCAGCAUGGAAAAAUGCUACGAAAACUACAUUUUAAUAGAUGUGGGGGCCAACCUUACUAACAAAAAGUACGGCAGAGAUUUGGAUACUGUGGUGCAAAGGGCCAAAGAUUCAGGGGUCCAAAAGAUAAUGGUAACUGGAACGUCUGUCAAAGCCAGCAAAGAAGCCUUAAGGUUGACUAGAAUAUUUCCAGAGACCCUCUAUUCCACAGCAGGCAUACAUCCACAUGACGCAAAAUCUUAUGAUGACGAAUCCUGGGCAGAACUGUGCCGAAUAGUACAGAAUCCGGAAUGUGUGGCUGUGGGGGAAUGUGGCUUGGAUUAUAAUAGGAACUUUUCUGAUCCUGAAGAUCAAAAGGCAGUUUUUGAAAAACAUAUAAAACUUGCUAUAGAACAUAAUAAACCUCUAUUUGUCCACGAACGAGAUGCUUUCGAUGACCUUAAUGAAAUUCUAGAUAGAUAUUCAAAAAAUUUGCCUCCAGUUGUGAUUCACUGUUUCACUGGUAGUGUGGAGAACGCCCUGGCUUAUAUUAAUAAAGGCUAUUACAUAGGAUUAACAGGUUACUUAUGCAAAGACAAGUCAGACACAGGCGUUCGAAAGCUGCUAUUAGACAAUUUGAUUCCCCUGGACAAAUUAGUGGUCGAAACCGACGCUCCCUUCAUGUACCCGAACACAAGGGCCUCGAAGCUGCCCCAACAUGUAAAAGAUGGUCUAACAGAACGAUCUAUGACGUUCCUGCACCGGUACUGUACCUUCCAAAGGAACGAGCCCUGUUCACUUCCCGCUAUAGUGGAAAUGAUAGCAGCCUUUAUGAAUAAAAAACCCGAGGAGGUGGCCCUGGCAACCUCAUUCAACGCCAUGAAACUUUUCGGUCUUUCGUAAGCGUGUACGACUGACUCGUUAUUGUUCCUUUAUUGACUCAAUUCAAAAUAUUCAUGUAUUUAUUAUGCUUGCCCUAAUUGUAGCUCUUUUAAGUCUUUGUUAUAUUUUACAUAGAACUAUUUUUAUAUGAUAAAAAUAUCUAUUUAUUUUUCUUAAGAUAUGUAUAUUUACAUUAUUGUGAUGUGAGUGAUUCUUUUAUUGAGGAAACAACUGUGCCUUAAUAUAUCGAAAUAAAAUUUUACUAGUUGAAAA